UAUUUCUUGCAGAAGGUUAGGUUAGGUAGACUCCACUGUCAUUUUUCAUUCAUCUGAUUCGAUCCAUACGAGUAUCUGGUACUGUGUGUAUAUAUUUAAAAAUAUGAAGAUUACUUAAUUAUUCAUUCCCAAAAUGUUUGUCGAUAAAAUGAGUUUUAAAAAGAUUAGACUGCCUUCACUGGGUAGAAACUACAGACAGUUUCUUUGGUUAGUAAGAAAUUCAUCAACUAACAGCGAUCAGCACAAAUUUGACGUUAUUGUUGUUGGUGGUGGUCAUGCUGGUACAGAAGCUUGUGCAGCUGCUGCUAGAAUGGGUGCAAAGACCUUACUGGUUACCCAUAAGAAAAGUACAGUUGGUGAAAUGUCAUGUAAUCCAUCGUUUGGUGGAAUUGGAAAAGGAAAUCUCAUGAGAGAAGUUGAUGCCUUAGAUGGAGUGUGUUGUAGAAUCUGUGAUCUGUCUGGAAUUCAUUAUACUAUACUAAAUAAGAGUAAAGGACCAGCUGUAUGGGGGUAUAGAGCACAGAUCGAUCGUGGUUUAUAUAAGAAACAUCUCCAAGAAGAACUUUUCAACACAUCUGGCUUAGAAAUAUGUGAGUCUUCUGUUGAAGAUUUAAUUAUACAAGGAAAUACACCAAGUUGCCAUGGAAUAAUUCUAAAGGAUGGAACAAAAAUACAUAGCAAUGCAGUUAUUAUAACAACAGGGACCUUUCUAAAGGGUCAAAUCAAUAUUGGCUUAGAAAAGAGACCUGCUGGUAGAAUGGGUGAUGAACCAAGCAUUGGUCUAGCCAAUACACUAGAGAGAGUUGGAUUCAGAAUGGGAAGAUUAAAGACUGGGACCCCACCACGGAUAGAAAAAAGUACCAUAGAUUUUUCCAAAUGUAUAGUAAAGCUGCCAGACAAAGUAUCAACACCUUUCUCAUUUAUGAAUGAAACUGUUUGGCUACCAGUAGAAAAACAGCUAAAGUGUUAUCUAACAUGUACAACUGAAGCUGUCGCGAAGAUAGUAAGGGAUAACAUGCAUCAGAAUUUGCAUGUAACGCAAGAAUUAACAGGUCCGCGAUACUGUCCAAGCCUAGAAAGUAAAAUUUUAAGGUUUGGUGCUAUUCAGCAUCCGAUCUGGCUCGAACCAGAAGGCCUGGAAUCUUCCAUAAUAUAUCCAUCCGGAUUGUCGUGUACGCUUCCGGCUGAGAAGCAGCAAGAGGUUAUCAAUUGUAUUCCAGCAUUAGAAAAUGCAAAAAUGCUGACACCCGGUUACGGAGUGGAGUACGAUUACAUCGAUCCUAGAGAAUUGACUGUUAGGUUAGAAACGAAAAAGAUUCCAGGAUUGUUCCUUGCUGGACAGAUAAAUGGAACCACUGGCUACGAAGAGGCCGCUGCGCAGGGGAUUGUGGCAGGUGCCAAUGCUGCAGCCAAGGUUCUCAGGAAAAAGCCAUUGAUAAUAAGUAGAACGGAGGCCUAUAUCGGUGUUCUUAUCGACGAUCUCAUCAUUCAAGGCACGACCGAGCCCUACAGAAUGUUCACUAGUCGAUCAGAGUUUCGAUUGAGUCUACGACCAGACAACGCUGACCAAAGGCUCACGAGAAAGGGAUACGAAACUGGCUGCGUAUCUGAGAAAAGAAUGGCAAAAACAGAGGAGGUUCUGUCGAAACUAGAAGAUGCUGUAAAAUUGCUCCAAAGCGAAGUACGACCGUGUUCGCAAUGGCAAAAAUUAUUGAAAAUUAAACAAUCCAAAAACUCUCAGAUGAAGUCUGCCUUGGAUAUGUUGGGUAUGUCAGGGGAUGUUGUGACCGUCGAUAUGCUAAGUUCGAUGUUUCCUGAUCGUUUUGGUCACCUCGUCGAUGACCCGGUCAUCGCCCGAAGAUUACAGAUCGAAGCGAUUUAUGCACAUGGCAUCGAGAAACAACUGCACGAGGUCAAUGAAAUUCGCAAGAACGAACAGAUGGUGAUACCUUCGGACAUCGACUAUAACUUGCUGAGAUUGAACUUGUCUAUCGAGGAGAGAGAGAAGCUCUCGGAAUUGCAACCGUACACGAUCGCUGCAGCCAGCCGAAUCCCAGGAGUAACACCAGCGGCCAUCUUGCGGCUGAUAUAUUAUGUAAAAUCAAAUGCGAAUACAGUGUGUAACGUGUAAUCGCGAAUUACUGUAAAUAAAGAAUUUAAUUUUAAACGAAA